AUGGGGAAAGGCAAGGCUAGUCUUGAUGAGUCGGACGUCGCCGAACUCCUGGCAAUGAAGGGCGAAUUUCUGCAGCACCGUGACGAAACUGCAGAGCUGCGUGGAGAAGUCGACGAUCUCCGCAAGGAUGUGCACGGCAUUGGCCUCAAGCAGGAUACCAUGGUGUCGGUGCUGGAUGGAGUCCAAAAAGCUGUUUCGUCUCUGAAUACACAGCUUGCAGCUAUGGCAGACGUGCUCAAAUCCAUGACACUCUCAGAUGCAUCUACAUCCGCACAACCAGGCCAACCAGUUUCUGAGCAACAGAUCCCAAACAAUGAGGCAAGUGCACCUGAGGACAGACCACUGACUGAAGAUUUGCGCAAACGCCUUGCACUUGAACAGGCCAAGACUCGUCAGUUGGCGGCACAAAUACCCCCUAACCUCGCACCAAUUCAGGUUCCUCGGCCCUCUGUUCCUCCAGGGUUUGGUACGGCUGCAACCAUAGACGCUCCUUCUGGUAAUGCAACUCCUACAGCAGCUUACAAAACUGCUCGUACACCCACUUUCAACAAUUUUCGGGCUGCCAGGGUGCGCCAGGGUUGGGAUGAAUUUCCCAAACAGUAUGAACAGGAGAUGAGAACACAAUUCCUUAAGAGCAUCACCAAAGGCCCUCGCAUGGAUUUCCCACGAUUUGAUGGUGAAAAUCCAGCAGGAUGGAUCUGUCAGUGCGAUAAAUACUUUCAGAUGGCAGGGGCACCGGCAGAGUACAAAGUCAGCCUUGCUCAACUGUUUUCAUCAGCAAGUUCAUAUGACCUGACAAAGAAAUUCACUAGCUUGAAACAGAGCACUCUCACUGUUUCUGAAUACACAGAUCAGUUUGAGGAGCUUAUGGCAGAAGUACAGGCAGAAAACCCAAUAAUGGAUGAAAGCUGGUUUAUACGAUGCUAUGUCAAUGGUCUUCGUUCCCACAUCAAGUUUCAAGUGCAUCCAUUACGGCCUGCUUCACUCACUGAAGCUUACUGGUUAGCCGUGGAUCUAGAAAGGGCACUACCUGAGAAGAAAUCUUACAGCUCAUAUGCAGGCAAUGGCAAAAGCUCAAGCAACUAUCAGAAAACACCAACUCCUCUUCCUGAAAAACCAACUGAACCCAAACAAGUUGCAGUGAAUCAAAGGGCUAGAGAGCCAGGCAAGUGCUGGAGAUGUGGAGAUAUAUGGUUCCAUGGUCACAAGUGUAAACUUGCACCUGUCCUGAAUGUCCUUAUAGGUGAAGAACCAACUGAACAACCCACAGAGCAGGAAGUACUGGAAGAAACUGAACUUGAGGAGCAACCACAAACUGAAGAAAAAUGUAUGACCAUUUCGGCUCAGGCAAUGCAAUCAGAUAAUGUCAACACUAUCUCAAUUUUAGUGCAGAUUGGAGGAAAGCAAGGAAUUGCACUUGUAGACUCAGGGAGCAAUUCCACAUUCAUCAGCCUUAAGUUUGCAUUAUCUACAAACUGCACUAUCCUCAAGGACACUUCCAGAGCUGUAAUAGUUGCAGGUGGGGGCACAUUGUGGUCUGGUGCUUUUGUACCCACAACCACUUUUAUAGCAGGCAAUACCAAAUUUGAACAACAGUUCAGAGUGCUUGACCUCCCUGGUCAUGAUAUGGUACUUGGAAGUGAUUGGAUGGCUAACCACAAUCCUGUCUCCUUCCACUACAACCCCAGACAAAUCACUGUUAUGCAGAACAAGUUCACACCGGUCACCAUUAAAGCUUGUGACACCAUAGCAGAAGCCACACCAAUUGAAGCUGCAGAAGUGGAUAAGCUCAUGGCAGCAGGAGCACCUGGUUAUGUCCUACACCUCAUAAGGGACACCACAAUGAAAAAACCUGCCAACAACACAAUUCCUCCACCUGUAGAGGAAGUGAUACAACAAUUUCCUGAAGUUUUCCAAGAGCCCAAAGGUCUUUCCCCCAAGAGGUCACAUGACCAUAAAAUCCCAUUGAAGGAAAAGGAAAAACCACCUAACUCUAGGCCCUAUAGAGUGCCUCAUAUGCAGAGAAAUGAGUUAGAAAGGCAGAUUGAUGGCAUGCUCAGGGAUAAAAUUAUUAGAGCUAGUGAAAGCCCUUACUCCUCUCCAGCAAUACUAGUUAUGAAAAAGGAUGGCACUUGGCGAAUGUGCAUUGAUUACAGAAAGUUGAAUGCUGCUACUAUCAAGAAUAAGUUCCCUAUUCCUGUCAUUGAGGACUUACUUGAUGAACUGCAUGGAGCAACUUACUUCACCAAGUUAGACCUGAGAUCAGGCUAUCACCAGGUCAGAAUGAGUGAAGAAGAUAUACCAAAGACAACUUUUAGAACAUAUUUUGGCCACUAUGAGUUUCUGGUAAUGCCCUUUGGCCUUGCUAAUGCACCUGGGACGUUUCAAGCACUAAUGAACAACAUCUUUGGCCCUUAUCUUAGAAAGUUUGUCUUGGUUUUCUUUCACGACAUAUUAAUCUUCAGUAAGUCACUUACUGAACACAUAGCCCACUUGCAAAUAGUGUUGCAGUUACUCAAGGAACAUCAACUCUUUGCAAAAAUGUCAAAGUGUGUGUUUGGAGUGCAACAAGUUGAGUAUUUGGGCCACAUCAUCACUGGAGAGGGUGUUUCCAUUGAUUCAGCCAAGGUAGCAGCAAUUGCUGACUGGCCAUUACCUACUACUCCAACACAACUUCGAGGAUUUCUGGGUUUAUGUGGCUAUUACAGAAGAUUUGUCAAAAUUUUUGGAACCAUUGCCAGGCCACUGCAUGAUGUUCUGAGGAAAGACAGUUUCCAAUGGACACAAACCCAAACCCAGGCAUUUCAGGAUUUAAAACAAGCAAUGGUCAGUGCUCCAGUCCUUGCCGUACCUAACUUCUCUGAACCCUUUACAUUGGAAACAAAUGCUUCUGGAGUAGGAUUGGGAGCAGUAAUGAUGCAGCAAGGUAGCCUCUAGCUUAUUUCAGUUCCACUCUAUGCCCUACCAAUGCUGCACUGUCAACUUAUGAAAAGGAAGCACUUGCAAUCAUUGCUGCCUUAAAGAGGUGGAGACAUUACUUCCUGGGCAAUGACCUCAUAAUCAAGACAGAUCACCAGAGCUUGCAGUAUAUGACUGACCAGAAAGUCACCACUGGAAUUCAACACAAGUUAAUGCUUAAGUUGCUAGAGUUCAAUUUCACUCUGCAGUACAAGAAAGGGAAAGAAAAUGUUGUUGCUGAUGCUCUUUCCAGGAAGAACACCCUUAUGGCCAUGUCAUUGGUCACUCCCCAGUGGAUAUCAGCAGUAGAAGCUUCAUACACUAAUGACAGUACUUGCCAAUCACUCAUGGAAAAACUACUGUUGGCUCCUGAUCACACCUUCCAUCAGAACACUCUGCAUUCAGGGGUCAUAAGGCACAAAGGGAAGAUUUAUGUGGGUAAAGAUCAAGUACUCAGGGACAAGCUACUUACUGCACUCCAUGUUUCUGCAUUAGGGGGCCAUUCGGGCAUGAAAGCAACUUAUCAUCGCAUCAAACAGAUUUUCUAUUGGCCAGGCCUUAAACAGGAUGUGGAUCAAUUUGUAGCUGCAUGCCCUGUUUGUCAGAAAAACAAAGGGGAAAAUUGCUCAUACCCAGGCUAUCUUGACCCACUGCAAAUCCCUGAUAUGGUCUGGACUCAUCUGAGCAUGGAUUUCAUCGAGGGCUUGCCCAAAUCCAAUGGAAAAGAUGUCAUUAUGGUUGUGGUGGAUAGACUGUCCAAAUUUGCCCACUUUAUUCCCCUUUCACACCCAUUCACAGUUCACACAUUUGCUCAGGUCUUUGUGGAUAAUGUGUUGAAGUUGCACGGCCCUCCACUGGCAAUAGUGUCUGAUCGGGACCCUAUCUUCACCAGUCAAAUGUGGCAAGAUAUCUUCAAAGGAAUGGGAACAGACUUGCGCUACAGCUCAGCAUAUCAUCUUGAAUCGGACGGCCAAACGGAGCGCGUCAACCAGUGCAUCGAGAACUAUCUGCGCUGCCUCACUUCUACCAAACCCAAGCAAUGGGCCAAACACUUGUCUAUGGCUGAAUAUUGGUAUAACACGUCAUAUCAUUCUUCUCUCAAGAAGACCCCAUUUGAAGCUGCUUAUGGAUUUCCUCCGCCCAACAUUUGUGAACACAUCCUACCUGAUAAUAUGGCAGAAGAUGCUCAACAAUUCUUCAACAACAGACAUGCGCUGCUCCAACAUAUCAAGACAAACUUGUCUGCUGCUCAAGCCCGCAUGAAGAAAUACGCUGAUCGCAAGCGUACUGAAAGAGUUUUGGAAGUUGGUGACAUGGUGUACCUUAAAAUGCAGCCCUAUCGGCUCAAUGCAUUUGGGUUGCGUACACACAUCAAACUGCAAAGCAAGUACUAUGGGCCGUUUCGCAUCACAGCAAAGGUGGGGCGCGUGGCUUACAAACUACUUCUACCUGACAGCACCAGCAUUCAUCCAGUCUAACAUGUUAGCCAGCUCAAAAAGCAUGUUAGACCGAAGGCAGUACCCUGUUCUGAUUUGCCGCUGGUACGAGAAGAUGGUAUGAUUCAGACUGAGCCAGUGUGGGUCUUGGAAACACGUCAGGUUCCACGCAACAAUUUGCCGGUGGUUCAAUGGCUAGUUCAAUGGGAAAACUUGCCACCUGACGAAGCUUCUUGGGAAGAUGUGCCAUUCAUGAAGAAAACAUUUCCUGCAUUCUUCAAGGCGACCAUCGACCGUUGGUUCAAUCGCUCAUCUCCAUGAGGACAAGUUCGUUUUUGGUGGGAGGCAUUGUCAGGCCAGCAUAUUCAGUUACAAGUGUCCAGCAUUCAGUUAACGGACGUCCACGAUCGAUCUAUCUAACGGCUCGCGAGGCUCGCCGAUUCAAUGUACCGUUACCACUGUAACUGUAGCAUUUCCUUUUUCCAUUCCUGUAGCUGUCACCCGUUGCCGGCUGGCUAUAAAGCUAUGCGGCCCCGUCUGUAAUGGUCAUGCGAUUAUUCUGUGAACUAUCACUAUGAUACAAUCUUACCUCCCAUAGUAAUACAAACCCUAGCGGGGCUACUUUCCCCUUUGCUUCUCCGCAAGAUCCACUGAAAUUAGUUCGAUUCCCAUCUCAGAAUCCCACUAGGGUGUGACACGUCCUCCUUUGCUCCUUCUCCCCCCGUGGUCCUCCUCUGCUCCUCGGCAGCGACCUGCGACCGGUCCAGAACCACGGCCCACAACGCUGGCUGAUGGAAGAUGGCGAGGCAUCGUCCUGCAGGUGGCCGCGGGAUGCACUGGGGGAAGAACGACACGAGCGGCGGCGCCGCCGACGACCAUGUGCUGGGCUUCAGGAGGAUAGAAGUAUAGUGGGAGGACGAGGCAGCAUAGUGGCGGCGGAGAGAAUUGGAGAAGGGGACGCGAGUGAUCUCUACUCCUAAUGGAGCAGUCCGUAAGUCGUUCGUCCGUUCGUUCACAACCCGUCCCAUCGAUCGAUCAUAUCAACCCCCAACGAUUUUAUUCCUUACUUCGGUUGUCCCUCCUCUUUCCUUAGAAGACAGAAAAAAUCGGCAUGCAAUCCCCACCUACCAUAGUUUGAGUUAAUUCAGGGCACAUCUCUCAUGUAAAAAUUGGAACGCAAUAUUUUUCUUCCCUUGAUGCCAAGGCCUGACAAAAGUAGAUGCAAAUCCCAUACCAUCAAUCUUCUCAUAGUGAAAUCAUAUUUUCUGCCUGUACCUAGUCGAACCAGAAAUCGCUCUUUGUAAUCCUGGAAUGGGAAGGGCAACUUCCCUGUACGCAACGACGACCCACGGGCAUCAGCGGCGUGAGCACACCCACGGCGCCGGAGGCGGUGCAGUGGGCGUCGCGAGCGCAAGGGCACUGUGCACGGCGUCCGUGAUUUGGGUGGACUAGGGAAGCAUGCGCCACCGCAGCAUCAGCGAUUCGGCGGACAAACACAAUGAUCCACUGAUGCCAACGAAUUUUGUCAGUUGUCGGGUCUGGUGCUCGAUCCACUAAUUUGGAGAAUUCGAUUAUGUCCCACAAACACAUUGUGGCCAUGGAUAUAUUCACGAAUGCAGAUAUUUCAUGCCAAGCAGUCUGAUGUGGAGGAUGGGCGGGAGUGUCGGGCACACGACGAUCCAGUUUGUGGUAGGGUGGUCCGAGGGGUGCAUGUGUGCACUCGCCUGGUUCGGAGGAUGUAGGCGACAAGAAGUGCACCAUCGACGUUAUUGCGUGCGUCGUGGCGGGGACGCCCGUGUGGUGGAUGUGCGUUUGCUGCUCAAGCUAGGCGCUGAUGUGGAGGUUCCCGACGGAAACGGACGCCGCCGGAGCUGCUACGGGAGAUACUAGCGGCACGCUGUUGGAGCUGGGAGGAGACGCGGAGGCCCCGGAGCCGACUCCUCUGUGCAGCUUGCUUACAUGGUUGUGCAUGAUGGGGAGGCGGAAGGAACGACACCUGGCGGCUAGGGCUGCUUCGUGUCACGGGCUCGGGCUCGAUCUCUUCCUCAAUCGUUUCCUCGUACUGAGGAACGUGAUGACACAACAACAACGGAUAGGGGUGAGGCAAUAGACGAAGAAGACACGAGGAGCAAAGCAGAUGGAAAAUAAAUGAAGAACCAUGCCUUUCAUUUUAUGAUUGUGUUAACGUACCUUAUGUUUACGUAUAUUUAUUCAUGUUUAUUUCUUGAUAUAUUAUGGUAUUUUUUUAAUAAGGAUCACUAUCUACUUCCUCCAGGUGAUAGAGGAAGAGGAAGACACAAUUUGUAGGUGCAUAAUAUUAUGGCAUGAAUUGGUUCUUUGGCAAAAUGUUCAUGGAUCAGAAUUGGUGGGGGUUAUUUAGUUCAGUUUAGAGAGCAUUUUCCAUUGCCAUAUUUUUUGUCACCUUUAGUUUUCUAUAUUGGGCCUCAUCUAUGAAUAUUUUCGAUCAUGUUGUUUCCCAUGGUUUUCUUAUAUGUAACAGUAUGUCAGGUUUUACAA